UUUUCGUCUAGACGUAGAUCCAAAGCCAUCCCUGAGUAAUUUUAUCGUCUGCUUUGUUUUGGUUUUUCGACUCAACUAUGAAACUUUUUGAACAUUUUUGCCGGUAUCUAGUAGAGUUAAUAAACAAAAAUUUUGCAACCUAAUAAUCACGGAUAAUAUGGGCAAGCCCGGAAAAUGCGUUGUAAAAACCUGCGCAAAUUGUGUGACAAUAAAAAAAGGACCGAACGAUGUGCCAGGAUUGUCUUAUCAUCGUUUUCCAAAAGAUCCAAUAAUACGGGGAAAAUGGGCAAAUGCCCUAAAUUUAACCAAUGAAAUUAUCACAGACGGACAGCAAGUUUGUUCAGCACAUUUUUCUGAUUGUGACUUCGAUAGAACCAAACCGUUUUUGGUUAGAUUGAAAAAGGAUGCUAUUCCAUCUCAAUUCUAUGAAAUUAAAUUGGAAAACGACGAACAAAAUCAAAUUAAAGCUGUGGAAAAUAAAUUUUCUCAUCAAAUACUUAGUGUUUGUUUAGCGAAAAUUGUUCCUGAUAAGGAAAAUAAUAAAAACAGUUCGAAAAGAUCUCUUUCGCCUAUUAUUGAUAAGAAUAAAAGAAGUUUGAACAUGUUGGAGGAUGGGAACGGGAAAAUUGUUAGAAAUCAAGAAGUAGUUGAGGAUAAUUCGUCAAGUAACCACAAUUCUCAAAAUAUGGACCAGAACCAACCAAUGCAACAAAUAAUUGUCAGAUUGGAGGCAGUUGAACCAAAAUUAAUACCACAUUUACCAGAAGAUGUUGUAUUUAACAAAGAGCAAGAAACUUCAAUAAGAAAAUAUCUACAGACAUUUUUAUCAAACACAAAUUAUGGUCUAGACGACAUGGGAACUAGAAAAUUAAUUUACGAAAUUGCCGUAUUAAAUAAUUUACCAAUUCCACAUUCAUGGAAACAGAUAGAAAUGGCGUCACGCGAUUGGCUCGCGGGUUAUCAAUCAAGACAACAUGCCGCUGAAGAGAGUAUAGAAUAAAUUUUUUAUUUCUAAAA